AUGACAUUCCUUCAGGAAAAAAAAAUUAAUGAAAAUGAAAACUUUUAUGAUUAUUACACUCGUCUUGUUGCAGAGCUUCCGCCAACAAAAUUUAAUUUCCAUACCGUUAAGGUCCCCGGAUACGGAGCAUGGGUAAAAUGCACUAAAUUGCCAACAACAUUUAUAAGUUAUGUUAUAAGAUGUGUAAAUCCAAAUGCACAAGUAGACCCAAUGAACUACGGUGGUGAUUUUUACGAUUUAAAUACUCCUCAAGCAAAUACUAAUUUUUAUGGAAAAUAUGGAAAAGGUUUUACUGCUAUGACCGUUAAUUUUACAGAUUAUCUUACAGGUUCAGUAUGCGGAGAAAUAGAUACUGAAGGAUUUACAAGCGUUGCAUACAUAUGCGAGAAGGAUGUCACAUCCUCGAUACUUGAAAAUUGGUGUUUAUCGAUUUUUAAUCCAUUUUAUAACGAUCAAAAGGUCGAAGUCGUUGUUUCGUUUAUUGCAAGUGUGUUUGUAGAUGGUUCUUAUAGAAAAGAUCCUAACCAAAUCCCAGCCAGCAUAAGUAAACAAACAUUUUCGAUCAACAAAGUUAACAAAAAGAGAAACCUUAGACGUGUCCGUUCACUUCGUCCUUUUUAA